CCAGCAUUUAGCAUUCAUUCAAAAAGAAAAAAAUCAGAGCAAUGGCAACAACAGGUUCAUCUCAACUAGGAAUGUGGUCCUUGAUCAAGGACAUCGAUCACACAAAGACCACCUGGGCAAUCAGGGCUCGGGUAGUUAGGGCAUAUGAGGUUCCACCACACUCCAAAGGAGGGGAGAGUCUGGAAAUGGUUUUGCAUGAUACAGAGGGUGAUCGGAUCCAUGCCAUCAUCAAGAGGCCGCAGAUAGCGCUGUACAAGUCGAUGAUAAUGGAGAACAAAGUUUAUGCCAUAAGAAACUUUUUGGUGCUUGACAAUUACCAAACAGUGAAGACUACAAGUCACCCUUACAUUAUUCAGUUCAUCUCAAGAACUCAGUUUAGGGAAGAUACAAGGACAGAACUGCCGAUGAUGGUCUAUGAUUUUCAGCCUUUUGACAUGUUGCACGCCCAGAGGGUUGUCAAUGACAAAACUCUGAUUGAUGUUAUUGGGAAGGUCCUGUCUAAGAGCCCUAUUCAGACACAUAUAAUCAACGGGAGGACUGAUAGGCUAAUGGAGCUGACUUUGACAGACCCAGAGUAAGUUUUUGAAAACAUAAAUGGUUUUUGGCCGAGAAGAAAGACAUUUGCUUAUUGACUGAAACUUUUCUAAUCCACAGGGGUAACAGGUUGGGCGCUGUGUUGUGGAACAAGUAUAUUAAUCAAUAUCUGGACUACGUGAAUGCUAAUGAAGGAGUGCCUGUGUUUGUGGUUUUUCAGCUAUGUAGACCAAAAAGAUAUCAAGGGGUCUUGACUGUGAAUUCAUCCUUUGAUGUGUCAAAGCUAAUCAUUAAUGGCAACACUACUGAGUUCAUCGAGUUCCAAAGCGAGUUUCCUGCAGACGGUGAUGAGACCUUGACUCAAACCUGCAUAACACAGUGUUCACAGAUGG